AUGGCUGAGUUAUGCCGCGAUGACGCCUUAGUACCUACAGUCUAUAGUCAUACUUGCAAGCGCUUCGACUUCUCCCUAUACUUUGAGGAUGCAGUCUUUGCCAUUUUUCCUAUUCCUGAUGGCAUCAUGUGCUCGGCUGGUCAACCUAUAUCGCGAAUCGCCAAAAGCACGAUGGACGCGAUUUCAUUCUGUCAAUUCGCGGCUUCGUUGGAUUUUGCUUCGGCAGUCGCAAUUGGUCUACUAUCCUACAGCGAACAUGUAAAAAGUGCGCGACCUGCCCCUUUGAUUAACACAUAUAUUCUAGCUACAAUGCUUCUGGAUGGUGCACGAGCUCGGACGAUAUGGCUCCUUAGAGUCUCAUCAGUCCUUCCAUCCGUAUUCAUCGCCUCGGUUGCCCUAAAGUUUGUGCUUCUGAUAUUGCAAUCGUUUCCUAAGAUGCAAUUCCUUUUGCCAUCUGAACGAGAGUACACAGCAGAGGAAUCUGCCGGAAUAUUGAGUCUUAGCUCAUUUGCCUGGCUUCAUCCUCUCAUCAUCAGAGGAUAUCGACAUCGUCUGUCAAUUGAUGAUCUAUAUCCAGUUGGUCACAGCAUGUCGUCGAAAUCAGUUCACUCAGGCCUUCAAAAAAUUUGGAAAUUAAGUAAGAAAGAUAAAUCUUACUCGCUGUUUCUUGCAACUGCAAAAGCCUUGUGGCUACCGCUAUCUGUUCCCAUGGUCCCUCAACUGUUCCUAGUUGCCCUGAAUCUGGCUCAGCCACUCUUACUGGCCACUGCGGUCAGUUUUGUCGAGUCUGGAAAUGAUAAACCGGCCGGAUUUGGAUAUAGCCUCAUUGGUGCGUUUGGAUUAACAUACUUUGGAAUUGCCAUAGCAACCGCAUGGUAUCAAUACCUCUCAGCAAGAGCCCUGACUAUGAUCCGCGGCGCACUCAUUGGUCUCACGUAUAGCAGUAUGCUCGACAUGCAUGACGGAGACGAAGCGGCAUCAUCAUCCCUGAGUCUGAUCAACGUCGACAUUGAGCGUAUCGUCACAUCCCUGCAAUGGGUAGUAGGCAUUGCACCGGACGUCAUUCAAGUAGGAAUCGCUAUAUGGCUUUUAGAAGCACGGAUUGGUGCAAUUUUCAUAGCACCAGUUUUGGUCGUCAUAGAUAGGGAGGUACACAAGAUCGAGGCAAAGAUUAUGGAUGCAGGCAAUUUAGACCAGAAAUGGGACUAUGUCGGAAACAUUAACAUCAAUAAAAGGCGUGAAAAUGCUCGGACUAACGUCUCUGAUAUCGAAAUCAGCAAUAUUGUCAUCGGGAAUUCACCUCGCUUGUUAUCACCAAUUAUCACAUUUAUCGGCUUUGGAAUUGUUGUCAAGCUAUCCGGGGACAAGGCACCAAGUACAGCCAUUAUUUUCUCCUCCUUAUCGCUUCUAUCUAUUCUUAUAGAUCCAGUGAAUGAGCUGGUUGCCGUUGGGCCAAAUCUCGCCGUUGCGUUGGACUGUUUCAAUCGAGUCCAGCAAUACGUUACAAACAAAAAGCGUGUCGAUUAUAGAAUCUUUUCACAUCGGAAGCCACUUGACGAAGACACAUCGACCGCUAGAUCUGAGACAGGGAGAAACAACGCAAUGGAAACGACUACUCUCGAGAACACAGAAUUAGCCCUAUCGACCACUGCUACUAAGUCUGCUAUCCAGCUUCGCAAUGUAGAUGCCGGCUGGUCUACGCAAACUCUCACCUUGCGUGACGUUUCACUGGACCUAAACCCAUCGACGCUCAGUCUAAUUAUCGGAGAUAUAGGAACGGGAAAAUCAACACUGCUGAAACUCCUACUCGGUGAGGUUCCCGUGCUUGCGAAGGGAUCGGUGUCUCUAGCAACAGAUGAGGUUGCCUUUUGUGGCCAGACCCCUUUCUUGAGGAAUCAAAGUAUACGUGACAACAUAAUCGGGCCGUUUGCGCACGACGCCGAAUGGUAUGGCGCCUGUAUUGAUGCUUGUGCGCUUGAUGUGGAUUUUGAGCAGAUGGUGGAGAAAGAUGGCACCGUUGUAGGGAGUAGGGGGAUGUCCUUGAGUGGUGGCCAGAAACAACGCAUCGCUUUGGCAAGGACAGUCUAUUCUCGGCGACGGAUAAUAUUACUAGAUGAUGUUCUCUCGAGUUUGGAUACUAUCAGUGAGCGUCACUGCUUCGAUCGACUAUUCGGUCCAAGUGGUCUCUUUAAAUACUUGCAGUCGACAGUAAUCUUUGUGACGCACUCCGCCAAGUGGCUUCCGUACGCAGACAAAAUCGUUGCACUUGGUCCAAAUAGAACUAUACAACAGGCUGGGUCGUAUGAAGAUCUAAUCUCAAGCCCCGGAUAUGUCCAAGAUGUAAUGAGUACAACGAAAGAGAAAGAGCCAGAGAUUGAGAGCAGCUCCUCGCGAGAAAUAUCUCAGUACAAACAUGAAGGAAACAAGGAGACGACCGUCGAAACUGUCGAAACAGAGUCAUCUCCUGAUAACGCUCGUAAGAGUUCCUCUUCCGCGUUAUUCUACAUCUCUUCAAUGAGAUGGUCAAAUUUCCUGGCUUUUACUGUUCUCGUCGGCGUAGAGGUCGGCACGAACGGAAUACAGCCUUUAUGGCUUAGCUGGUGGAGUGAUGCAAGUCAGAGAAGUCCAAAUGUAGAUCUUGGAAAAUGGAUGGGAGGAUACGCUGCGUUUGGUCUUCUCUCAUUAUGCUUCCUAGGGUUAUGUGGCGGUUAUCUACUGAUUGAAAUCAAUCCCAAGUCUUCAAGUUCAUUGCACCUCAAAACAUUGAGAAGUACGAUGGGUGCUCCAAUUGCCCAUCUUACAGAUAAGACUGUAGCAAAAAUACUGAAUUUAUUUAGUCAAGAUAUGACCCUAAUCUCCAUGUCGUUACCCAUAGCUCUCAUUCUAGCCACUGGAAGCUUCGGUAAUUCAGUAAUUGGCGCUGUCCUCACCUCCGUCUCAUCAGGCUACAUGGCAAUAUCCACACCCAUCCUCUUCGUCACCCUCUACUUCCUUCAAAAGCUCUAUCUGAGAACCUCCCAACAACUCCGCGCUCUCGAUCUCGAAUCUAAAUGUCCAAUUCUCGAACAUUUCAUGGAAACCCUUCAAGGUCUCGCAACAAUCCGUUCCCUUUCAUGGACAAGUCACCUCAUAUCCGACACCUUUCAUCACCUAGAUCAAUCCCAAAAGCCGUUUUACUUGUUACUCUGUAUCCAGAGCUGGCUAAAUCUCGUGCUUAAUGUCAUUGUUGCGGCUCUUGCCGUUGUUCUGAUGAUGUUGACGGUUACCUUGCGAGAUAGGAUUAGUCCUGGUUUGCUGGGUGUUGCGUUGAUAAGUGUUGUGAAUUUUGGACAGACACUUUCACUGUUUGUUUCGUAUUGGACGGUGUUGGAGACUUCUCUUACUGCCAUUGAAAGGAUUAAGGAUUAUAUUGCUGAUGCGCCGAAGGAGGAUUCUCUUGCUCAGCAGGAAGCAGAUGUACCGUGGGACUGGCCUGUGGAGUCGCGUGUUGAAUUUCGACAUGUAUCUGCGUCUUACCGAAGCAACGGACCGGACGUCCUCAAAGAUCUCAGCAUCUCAAUCCCCCCCCGGCAAACACGUCGCAAUCUGCGGACGCUCUGGGUCCGGAAAAUCCACAUUGAUUUGAUAUCGGUUCUCCUCCGUCUUCUCAAACCAAGUAAAGGGUCAGUAAUAAUCGGCUCACAGGACAUUUCUAUAUUCGCCCAACAGACCGUUUGCAAACGAGUAACUUCCAUGCCACAAGAUGCUUGGUUCAUACCUCGUGGCUGUGGUGAAUCAGUCCGCGAAAAUAUGGAUCCGUUGAGAGAGGUAGAUGACGAUAUAAAGAUUUACGAUGUUCUCGACAAGACUGAUUUGAGGGAACAUAUCGACAACCUUGGAGGGCUAGAUGCGCAAUUGGGACAGCAAGGGAAUGGAGUAUUAUCGUCGGGUCAAAAGCAGUUAUUCUGCCUUGCUCGGGCGAUGCUUACUAGACGAGGAGGAAUAUUAAUCAUGGAUGAGGCCAUGAGCAACGUCGAUUAUAAAACCGAAUUGAAAAUACUCUCCCUUUUACGCUCAGAUUUUCAGGGAUGGACCAUUAUCGCAUUUACGCAUCAUCUGAGGUUUAUUCCGCAAUUUUUUGAUCGGGUGGUCGUCAUGGAUGAGGGAAGGGUUGUUGAAUAUGAUGAUGAUCCAGGCAGACUUUUGGCGGAUCCUUCUUCGUUGUUUAGACGGCUUUCUGGGGCAGAAAAUGAUAGGGAUAAUUCUUCCAGAGUUGGGGAGUGA